CAGUGGAAAGAUAUUUAUCCGAUCCUGCACAUCUUUGUACUUUUCAAUCCACCGUUUUCUCAGAAGAAUACAAAACUAUUGCAUUGAUCAUUCAACAACAGCUGAAGUUUCAAACUCCUGUUGGAUUUGUUCAAUGCUUCCUUAACUGUGCGAGUUCUAACAUGCGACUCAGUCCCGUCCAUUUCACGUGCUUGUUCUCACUAAUUCACGAAUGCGUGUCCUUAGUCACAAAUACUAGCGCCAUGACAAUGCAUCAGUACAAUCACACCUCCCGUUACGCUUCCUCAUCCAUUCCAAGAAGUCGACGGAAGAGGUCCAUAAUAUUUCCCACAGGAUCUGAUCUAGAGUUCUCUGUGUCGUUACAAAUUCCAAUUGCAGCAUUGUCUGAAACAAGUAAGGCGGACAUCCUACAAGGUACAACAUUUGAUAUAGAUAUACCAUUCACAUAUGAUCUACCAGAUAGUACGUCGUCAUUACUUUACACUGGCAGAAAAAUAGAGGAAGAUCAUGCCGCUGUUUUCGAAAUGGGAGAGGAUCUCCUUAACAAAUUUGGAAUUAACGGAAAAGAUUGCAUCAUGAGAACGAUAUGCGAAAUGGCCGAGUCUCGAGGACUCCCAUUCAACGGUCUUUUAGGGAAAGCAUUUGAAACCCUGUUCCUCAUGGACUAUGGUUUGACUUCAACUGAGAGAUUAUAUGAAUACAUUAGUGCGCGGACCUAUGGCGAGAAUAAUGGGAACUGCGCAUCCGUUUACACAGGAUGUCCUUUCUCCAUAUUCAAUCUUCUACCCGAGGACGACUUAGCAGCUUUACAGUCCAAUCAUCUAAACAAUAUUCCAUAAUGGGUCUCUGUACAUGUAUUUAGAAGAUGUGGGAAAUUAAAGUAUAGGUAUUUAACCAA